CCAGAGCCCCAACAUUAUUAGCACAGCUAUUUGGCCAAAGAGACAGACAAGGGACACAGGUGUCAUUAUCAGGAACCUCAACCCCAUUUCUGCAAUUCCAUUCAACCUCCUCCACUUCUAACUUAGUUCUCCUUACACUUGCAUCAUCACCAACACUUACACACACAAAGUGCAGGAGCAAACACCAACACUAUCACCACCUUCAGGAACAGGAGGAAGAAACAUACCCUUUUGCUCUGUGAAGCCAAAGUUGCUCUUUUUUCUCAAAUGGGGACGCGAAUCCCUUCUCACCAGCUCAGCAGUGGUCUAUAUGUGUCGGGUCGACCCGAACAGCCGAAAGACCGCCCGCCGACAAUGACCUCACGCUCCGUACCGUACACCGGCGGUGACCCAAAGAAGUCUGGCGAGCUGGGAAAAAUGUUAGAAAUCCCCGGUGUUGAUCAGAAGCCGUCGCGGCCGUCAUCCGGGUCGGUGAGAUCCGGGCCGAACUCGGGCCCCGCAGUGGGGAGGCUUAGCGGGUCGGGGCCCAUGUCGAGGAAGUCGUCUGGGUCGGGUCCGAUAGCGCUGCAGCCGACGGGCCUGAUAACGUCGGGUCCGGUGGGAUCCGGCCCGGUUGGGAGUCGGCGGUCGGGGCAGCUGGAGCAACCGUCUGCAGCAGCGUCGGCAGGGAAGACAGUAUAUGGGUCGGCGGUGACGAGUCUGAACGAGGAGGUGAAGGUGGGGUUCAAAGUGUCAAGGGCGGUGGUUUGGGUGUUCAUGGUGGUGGUGGCAAUGUGUUUGCUCGUUGGGGUGUUUCUCGUGGUGGCAGUGAAGAAAGCUGUGAUCUUGGUGGCUCUCGGAGCGGUUAUUGUGCCCGUGGUGGUCUUGAUCUCUUGGAAUUGCGUUUGGGGGAGACGAGGGCUUUUAGGGUUUGUGAAAAGGUACCCUGAUGCUGAGCUUAGAGGCGCCAUUGAUGGACAGUACGUUAAGGUUACGGGGGUUGUAACAUGUGGCAGCAUUCCUUUGGAGUCAUCCUACCAAAGAAUACCGAGAUGUGUGUAUGUCUCCACCGAAUUAUAUGAGUACAAAGGAUUGGGUGGAAAAUCAGCAAAUCCUAAACAUAGUUGCUUUACUUGGGGUUCUAGAUACUCUGAGAAAUAUGUAGCGGAUUUCUAUGUAUCAGACUUUCAGUCUGGAUUAAGAGCAUUGGUAAAAGCAGGCUACAGUGCCAAGGUUGCUCCUUUUGUGGAACCAAAUACUGUGGUUGAUGUAACAAAGGAUAACAAAGAGUUGUCUCCUAAUUUCUUAGGCUGGCUUGCGGACCGCAAGCUCUCUAGCGAUGACAGGAUCAUGCGCCUCAAGGAAGGGUACAUCAAAGAAGGUAGCACCGUAAGUGUGAUGGGAGUUGUUCAACGACACGAUAAUGUGCUCAUGAUUGUGCCUUCAGCCGAGCCUGUCUCAACAGGGUGCCAGUGGAUCCGCUGCCUUUUGCCAACCUAUGCUGAAGGGCUUAUCUUGACAUGCGAAGAUAAUCAAAAUGCUGAUGUCAUUCCUGUUUAGUUUUUCCUUUUGCUUGCAGAUCAGUGUGACACACUUCUGAAAUGACAAAACUGAUGGGGAAAUCCUACACUAAGUAAUCGAAGUACUUUCCAAUUACUGGUUUUUGUGUAAAAUGGCUUGCAAGAUUAUUCUAAGAGCACUACUAAAAUUGUCAUGAUAAUCAGAAGAUUUGAUUGAUAUGACGCAAGGAUUUACCAGUCCAACUACAAUCACUUUGAGAAGGUCAGUCAUCGGUCAAUGUAUCCACGAAGUUGGGUUGUACUUUUUCUGCUUAUAUAUGUACAUAGCUAGAGGAGCCCGAAGGGGUUCAGAGUAGUUGUGUUCUUAUGUUUGAGCUAAUUCUAGCCGGAAUGUAGCUAAAUUUUAUUUGUCAAGUUUCGUUAACUUGUAUUACUAAGUCGAUAUGUUGUAUCCUGCCUAUGUUAGUAGUUGUAAAAAUCGAAAACCAUCCAUGUUACUGUGUAAAUGUUGAUUAAAAUCAAGUUAAAAUGCGCUUUACAUUUCA